GGCAGUAAUGCCAUUUCAGCGCUAUCUAUUCUUAGGUUUAAUAUUAGUUCUUCUCGGCCCAUUGACUAAUAGCACUGCCAACUACGGUACUUGUUCACUCAAACGGAGCAGUUUUCCAGCAGGUUUCAUUUUUGGUACAGCAUCCUCCUCUUACCAGUAUGAAGGUGCAGCGAAAGAAGGUGGCAAAGGGCAAUCUAUAUGGGACACUUACACCCACAGAUAUCCAGGAAAAAUAGCGAAUCGCAGUAAUGGAGAUAUAGCUAUCGAUCAAUACCAUCGGUACAAGGAAGAUGUUGGGAUUAUGAAGGAAAUGGGCCUAGAUGCAUACAGGUUUUCAAUCUCAUGGACCCGUAUUUUACCAAAUGGAAAGCUAAGUGGGGGUGUGAACAGGGAAGGAAUCAAAUACUACAACAACCUCAUCAAUGAACUCCUAUCCAAAGGUAUAAAGCCCUUUGUGACACUUUUCCACUGGGAGCUUCCCCAAACCUUAGAAGAUGAGUAUGGGGGUUUCUUAAGUCCUCAAAUUGUUAAGGAUUUUCGGGACUACACUGAGCUUUGCUUCAAGGAAUAUGGCGAUCGAGUAAAGCACUGGAUUACUCUAAACGAGCCAUCGGGCUACAGCUAUGCCGGUUAUGACAUCGGGGCUUUAGCACCAGGUCGUUGUUCCGAUUGGCAAAAUCUAAAUUGCACUGGAGGAAACUCUGGGACGGAGCCAUAUUUGGUGACACAUCACCAGCUUCUUGCUCAUGCAGCUGCUGUCAAAGUGUACAAGCAAAAAUAUCAGGCAAAGCAGAAAGGCAUUAUAGGAAUAACGCUAGUUUCAGGAUGGGUGUUGCCAUACUCUAACGCCAAGCAUAAUCGUAAUGCCGCACUUCGAGCACUUGAUUUCUCAUUUGGAUGGUUAAUGGAUCCGUUGACAAGUGGUGACUAUCCACACAGCAUGCGAUCUCUAGUUGGAAACCGAUUACCCAAGUUCUCGAAAGAGGAAUCAAUGAUUGUAAAUGGGUCAUUUGAUUUCAUUGGACUAAACUACUAUACCUCGAAUUAUGCAGUCUAUGCACCUAAUCACUCUAUUAAUGCUGCAAAUGCAAGCUACACAAAAGAUAUGCGUAUUAAUCUUUUAUCCGAGCGAGAUGGGAUUUCCAUUGGUCCAAAGCUGGCUGCUUCGGAUUGGCUCCAUUUCUAUCCCAGAGGAUUGCGGGAUAUUUUGCUAUACAUCAAGACGAAGUACCAUAAUCCACUAAUUUACAUCACUGAGAAUGGAAUCGAUGAAUUUAAUAAUGCCUCAUUGUCGCUUGAGGAAGCCCUAGCCGACAACCACAGAAUUGAGUAUCACCAUGCCCAUCUUUCCUAUCUUCAGAGAGCUAUCAAAGAUGGCGCUAACGUUAAGGGAUACUUUGCAUGGUCAUUCUUGGAUAAUUUCGAAUGGACUGCAGGCUACACCCUUAGGUUUGGCAUCAACUACGUAGAUUACAAGAACGGUUUGAAAAGACAUCCUAAACUUUCAGCCCAUUGGUUCAAAAGUUUCCUCGACAAAUAGACACAAUGUUAAUAUUGCUCGAUCAUGUUCAA